UCAGCGGGCAAAGGGAGAUAAUAACAAUACAUAGUCAUCAUACAAAAAUGGGCCAAACGAUCAGUCUUCUGUAAGCUCAAACCAUGGAAGCAUGUCGAUAUUUUGUGCUACUCGCGGCUCUGCUAGUGGGACUAGUUACGGCAAGUUUGGUGGACAAUCGUAUCGAUCAGUUUGAAUUGGACAGAAGUGGCAUAAAUUCGUGCAAUUUGCCAGACGGUUUACUGCAGGAGAUCAAAGGCUAUCAACCGAUAGUGAACAAAAUAAUCAGCAGAAUUGUUGAUGGAGAAUUUGCAGGGAUAACGUGGGACAGCUUGUCGCUGCUGGUCGAUACAUUCGGAGCUCGACUGGCCGGUUCCGAACAGUUGGAGAAAACGAUCGAUUAUGUGGUGGAACAAAUGAAGCUUGAUCAGUUAGAAAAUGUUCACACGGAGAAUGCUACAGUGCCGCAUUGGGUGAGGGGUUAUGAAAAUGCCCAGCUGGUGGCACCGUUUAAGAAAAACUUGCCCUUGUUAGGUCUUGGAACCACGGUGGGUACUCCCAGAGGAGGAAUUAUCGCCGAUGUCAUGGCAGUGGAAUCAUUUGAAGAGUUUGAAUCUAUCACUGCGGAGCAGGUGAAAGGCAAAAUUGUAGUUUUUGUCCCUAAAUGGGAGGGCUACGGAAAGACGGUUUUAUAUCGAAGCAAAGGAGCUUCUGUGGCGUCCAAAAAGGGGGCGGUAGCUACAUUGAUCCGCUCAGUUACGCCAUUUUCGAUCGGAUCGCCACACACCGGUGGUCAAGAUUAUGAAGAGGGCGUCAAAAAGAUCCCGUCGGCCUGUAUCACGGUCGAGGAUGCAGAGAUGAUACUGAGGAAGUACAGGCGGGGUGAUCAAAUGACGAUCCAUUUGGAAAUGGAAGAUAGAAACCUAGAACCAGUUAUAUCUCGAAAUACGAUCGCCGAACUGGUGGGAACAACGUACACAAAUUCUUCGGUGGUGGUUGUCUCGGGGCAUCUGGACAGUUGGGAUGUUGGUGUGGGAGCAAUGGAUGACGGCGGCGGGGCACUGAUCUCAUGGAAGGCUUUGACCUUUUUAAAUGCGAUGGGAUUGCGGCCGAAGCGCACGAUAAGAGCAAUCUUGUGGACGGGCGAGGAAGAAGGCUAUUGGGGUGCACGAGGGUACCAAGCAGCACAUAAGGAGAACGAGAAAAAAGAGUUUAAUUUCUUCUUCGAGUCGGACAUCGGUACGUUUGAACCUAGAGGGUUGGAUUUUUCCGGAAAUAAAGAUGCGGAGUGUAUAUUCAGGGAAGUUGUUAAGUUGAUGUCUUCGCUUAAUGCAACUGAUUUCGAGACUCCUACGGAUGGUGGUCCAGAUGUUUCUCUUUGGACUAGGCGAGGUUUUCCUGGAGCUUCCUUGAUGAAUAAAAAUGAAAAAUAUUUCUGGUUUCACCACUCGGCUGGUGACAGCAUGGCGGUAGAAGAUCCAAAAAAUCUCGACAAGUGUACUGCCCUUUGGGCAGCAGCGGCCUACGUAGUGGCUGACUUAAGUGUGUCGAUACCGAAAGACGUCAACGAUUAACUGUCGCAAUUAUUGCAUAGUUUUAGAAAUUAUGAAAAAUUCAGUACGUGAAAGAAAACAGCAACAAACGGUCAAGCAUUCCUUUUUUAUAUAAUGAAUUGAACCUAAUCAAUAAAGCUGUCCUAAAGAACUAUUUUCCCUAAAGGGGCAGGCAUAGCGUAAUUGGUAAAUCAAUUGCCUUGUACGCAGCUCACCUGGGUUCGAUUCCCCACCCCGCAACUAGGGUUAGAGAUCCUUCUAGAGAAAUUUCUCUAACCCGACAGAGGCGAAUAACCCUAAGGUUUAAAACUCUAUAAUAAAAAACUAUCAUCCCAGCAUAAAUACACUAAGUAACACGAGAGUAAAUUACGACGGGUAGGAUCGAAAUUGCAUCGCUUUCCAAAAAAGAGAUCAUGAAAAACGAGAAUAAUUGGGUCAUUAAACCAUACACUGUUUUUAAUUUUUUUUCCGAUACAGCUGACGUUAAAGAUACGUAAUCAAACUUUUUUUUCACUUUUUUU